AUGAAUUUAUUACCAAAAGCAGCCGAUGAAUUUCGUAGUCGUGAUUACUGGGAUCAAUUUUUUGAUAAAGUUGGUCGAGAAGCUUUCGAAUGGUAUUCCGAUUUUAUUGAUUUAGCAGAUGUUCUUUGCAAAUAUAUAAAAGCUCGUGAUGAAGUUCUAAUUAUUGGUUGUGGUAAUUCAACAUUAAGUAGUGAUUUAUAUGAUACAGGUAUUGAACAUAUAACAAACGUUGAUUUAUCCGAUAAAGUUAUAAAACAAAUGAAAAAACAAAAUGAAAAACGACGACCUAAUAUGAAAUGGUUACCAAUGGAUGCACGACAAAUGACAUUUGAUGAUAAUCAAUUUAGUGUUGUAUUAGAUAAAGGAACUGUUGAUGCAUUAAUGUCGAAUAAAAGUGAACAAGUCCUGUCAGAUAUUGAUCAAAUUCUUAAUCAAGUUGAUCGUGUUCUUCGUAUGACAGGUCGUUUUAUAUGUAUAACACUUGCUCAAAAACAUAUACUUGAUCAUAUAUCAAAUCAUUUUUUUAAUAAUAAAUCAUGGCUUCUACGUUAUCAUCAUAUUCAAACAAGUAAAACAUUUGCAUUACCUGUUUUUGCAUUUGUUUUUACAAAAAUUAUAAUGAAAAAUCCGUUAAUCGAAGUUCAAUUAUAUAACAAUGCGGAUACUAAUUGGCUGCGGUUUAAUCAAUUACCUGAAGCUCUAGAUGCUAUUCAACAAUGUCAAAUAACAUGUUUCAAAAAAUAUGAUUUUAAACAAAAAUUUGUAUCUGGCAGUGAAACACCAAUGAUAGAUCUAUAUUCUCAAACAGAUCAAGCAAAAAAAAGAUAUCAAAUGAUUGUUGUUAAUAGUGUUACAAAAUAUCGUAAUAAACUAUUUGCUGCAUUCAUUGUACCAAAAUCAAGAAAUCUUGAUUGGCUCUAUUCAACACCAGCUGGUCGACAACAAAUCAUAUCUAGUGCAAAAUAUACAACAGUAGCAUUUAUUUAUUUACAAUCAGAUGAAGAAUAUCGUGAUCUUGAACAAGUUAAAACGGAAAUGACAGAGGCAGUACUUGAUUUUAAACCAUCUAGUUUACCAAGUAAUGUUCAGGUUCCUUUCCUAUCAUCAUCAGAAGGCAUUGGUCAAGUCAUUGUUCGUGAACAUUCAUCAUCAUUUAUUAUUGAAGAUUGUCUUUGUGGAGAUGAUAAUGAAUGGAAACGACGUCUUCGUUUUGAUUCAAAUCCUAACCUUAUUCAAAGUGAAAUUGAUUUAACUUCCAAAGAUUUGAAACCUGAUUAUUCAAAAUUAGAAAAUGAUUACCAUGGAAUUAUUGUUGCUUGUUUGAAAAGUCAUUUUCUUGCAAAUAAGAAUUCUCAACCGAAUGGUAAUUGGCUUUUAAUUGGUCUUGGUGGUGGUGUAUUAACAAUGAAAUUAAUUCGAGCAUUUCCAAAAAUACAUUUAACAGGUGUUGAUAUUGAUAGUGAAAUGAUUCGUAUAGCUAAAACAUGGUUUGGUCUUGAUGAUACUCUAUCAAAAUGUAUAGUUGCUGAUGGUAUUGAAUUUCUUCAACGACAAGUACAAGAAAAAGCAAUAUAUGAUGUGAUAAUAUUCGAUGUGGAUAAUAAUGAUAGUCAAAGUCCACUUCGUUGUCCACAUCCAGCAUUUCUCGAUAAUCAAAUAUUAGAAAAUGUUAAUAAAUUACUUUCAAAUCAAUCCGGUAUAUUCGUAUUAAAUUAUGCUUCACGUGAUGAUACAAAUCAUGCUCGAGAAAAUUGUUUAAAAUCUUUAUCGUCGAAUUUUAAUCAUUUAUCAUCGAUUAAAUUAGACGAUGAUAUUAACGAGAUAAUGUUUGCUACUAAAGAUUUAUUAUUAAAUUUUAAAACGAUUGAAAAUAAAUCUCAACAAAAUUUAUCAAUGAAUUUUGAUAUUAAUGAAUUAUUAUCAAAAAUGAUAGAUAAAGAUUCAACGAAUAAUAGUUAUGUGGUGAAUGUUAAAGUUCUCGAUGUUGAAAAACGGUAUAGACCAGGACCAAAACAUUACGUUUAUGUUAUUCAAGUAACUUGGGCAAAUCCGACAAAUAUAUUUAUUAUCUAUCGACGUUAUGCUCAGUUUUUUGAUCUUCAAUGUAAAUUACUUGAUCUAUUUGCAGACGCACCAUCACCAUCGAAUAAUUAUAGAAGUCAAUCACGGCAAAUACCAUUUCUUCCUGGUAAAAUUUUUCUUGGCCGAAGUCAAAUUCGUCAAAUUGCUUUAGAACGUAAACAAGCUUUAAAUAUUUAUUGUCAAACAUUAAUUUCUUUACCUGAACGAAUAUCUCGAUCUCGUGCUGUUCUUGAAUUUUUCCAAUCAUUACCAACUGAUGUACAAAAUCCAAAAGAACCUAUCAAUAAUGACAAAAAAUCAGUUGCAAAAAAUUCACUCAUUAUUAGUGGACCAUCAAAAUUACCUACUUAUCGAUGUUUAAAUGAUUUUCAAGCAGUUGAAAAAAUAGAAAUGUCUUUAAAAAGAAAUACUCGUGUUGAAGUUAUUCAUAAACAUUUGAAUGGUUGGUGGUUUGUUCAAAAUGGUGAUCGAACAGGAUUUGUACCAGGAGCUUUUUUGGAACCAAUUGAAAAUCAACAUGAUGUUUCUAGAACGGACACGCUUUCAAGAGCAUCUUCUGAAACUUAUAUUGUAAAUAAAUCAUAUCAUGCAAAUAAUGAAGAUGAAAUUUCAUUAGAUCAAGGAUCUUUUGUAACUGUUCUCGAAAAGUCAUUUACUGGAUGGUGGAUAGUCAAAUUUAAUGGUAUUACUGGUCAAUUUCCAGCUGUUUAUCUAACAUCUUGUAAAGGACGAAUUAUUCCAGAAAAUGCUACAAAAGACACAUCAAAUACAUUUAUUCGACGAUUAAGUAGUUUGAAUAACUAUGAACCAAAUGAUAAUGAUGAACAUCAUAACAAUACAAUACCCGAAUUAUUCUAUGUUCAUAGUGAUUUUAUUGAUGAGGUUGGUGAUUGUGUAUCAUUACAACGAGGUGAUAUUGUUGAAAUACAUGAAAAACAUUCAAGUGGAUGGUGGUUUGGAAGAAGAAUAAAAGAUGAUUAUAUUCUUACAUGGAUUCCAUCAGCUUUUCUACAAAAAGAACCUAUUGUUGAUACAUAUAUCGAUAGAAUAUCUAAUCCAUCAUCUCAAUCUGGCCUAUAUGUGAAUGUUACUGUUGAACAACAACAAGAACAACAACUACAACUACAACUACAACAACAACAACAACUACAAUUACAACAACAACAACUACAAUUACAACAACAACAACUACUACAACUACAGCAACAACAACUACAAAUACAACAACAACAACUACAACCACAACAACAACCGAUGAAUAAUAUCUAUGAAAAUAUCGGAAAUCAUGUAUCGGCGGAAAUUACGUAUACAGAAGUAUUAAAAAACGAACAAUCAAUUGUGACAACAAAUGAACCGCAAUAUUUUUCUUUACCUUUAAAUGACAACGAACAAGAUCCAACACGAAUAUCAGUACGAGAUCUAGUAAAAAAAUUUAGUAGACAACCAUAA